UUUAGAUCUUUGGAGCACAAACAACUGACUAGGUGCCUUUUCUCGAACAGGCAUGCUACACACACUGGUGCUAGCUAACCAGCUUUUAUGCGCCGCUUCCUCGAAUGGAUAUGUUGGGUUAGGUUGGGCUGGAUGCUUUUCCGGACCCAAUUGCUAUCAAGUGGCUCUCCAUUUUCAACAAUCAGAGAGUCAUUGCGAGAUGUGUUCUUUUUUAGGGAAUGACUGGUGGCAAGGUACCAUUCGACAUGAUUGUCUGCUUGAUUGUGUGGUGUUUUGAUUCCACGAAAGCCUAUCCUCUCAUUUAGUGUUUACUGCAGUGAUCAAUGAAAUUAUUAUCGCGAUAACAUCGAUGAUCAGCAGUAGGGCCCCGGCCAUCAAAAAUCGAGGGCAGAAUAUAGCAAAGAGCAUUAGGUGGCGUCGUAGGACACUAGCCCAUAUUGCCGUUGACAACGCCCAUACCGAGUAUAUCAAUAUAUGGAUUGCGAAUGAGUUGGUUACACUAUGAACUUCCUGAGGCUGUACAUCCCGUGAUAUGAUUAGAGGGAUCGAAAAUGCAGCGACAAUUGGGCCAGCAAAGGUAUUGAGGGUCACAAGCAACGAGGACCAAGGAUAGUGAAGGUCCUGGGACAGGAUAUAAGCAGC